CCUCCGCGCCCUCCGCGCCCUCGCGCCGGCCUCGCGCUCUCACCAUGGACCUGCAUCUGCAGGACCCCGACUUCUGGGAAAGCCUCCACGGCCGGGUCCCGGGCCUGCUGGACUGGGACAUGGGCAACGAGCUCUUCCACACCUGCACCACCGUGCACCUGCCCCCGGCCGAGCAGACGCUUGCCAAAUACAAACUCAGGAUCGUUGAACCGCCAGUAUUGCCUUUGGAUAAAAAGUAUGAGACUGCUGACGACCCAGAUAUUGAGCCCAACCUGUGGAUGUGGGUAAACCCCAACAUUGUGUACCCACCUGGCAAGAUGCAGGUCAAAGACGCUAAGUGGGAGUGCCCGCCAAGCCCGCCAAGCCCGCCUCUCACCUCCCAGACGUCUGUGAAAAAGGAAGGAGGCGGCGACUCCGAGGGCGCGGAGGAGCAGGGGCAGCAGCCUUCCUCCAGCAGGGCGCCACCUAGCGAGAAGCCGAAGCUGAGCCGCGCUGCUGUGCCCCCUCCCUGCCCCUGGAAGGUGCGAAGGGGGUGGGCUGGCAGCAGGCAGGGUGGGCCCGGGGAUGAAAGCAUCACCCUUUGGCUCCCGGAAGAGGCGGCGGCCCAGGCCCAGGCCCAGGACGACAGCUCCUCUGUGGCCCUGCCAUCCCCUCAUAAGAGGACCCCCCUCCAGAGUCGGAGGCUCCGGCAACCCACCAGCUCGGAGGGCAGACUCUGGUCCCGGCCUCCUCUUAAUUACUUCCACCUAAUUGCCCUGGCACUAAGAAACAGCCCCCCCUGCGGCCUCAACGUGCAGCAGAUCUACAGCUUCACUCGGUAUGUGGGGGCCCUGGGAGGGGGACGAGGAGGGACAGGGCCCGGGGUCUCAUGUCUGCUAGCUGUUCCAGGCCCCGCUGACUCACUUUCCCUAUUUGGGUCUGAGGACCUGUGCCUUCCCAGUUGUCUUUUCUCAGGCAAAUAUGUGUCUGCCCGUCAAAAGUCCUCAGUCCUCAGCAAGAGGGAGGAAGGCGAGCCUGAGGCUGGGGGCAGUGACCUGGGCUUAGAGAAGAAGACGGCUCCCGAAGGCUGGAAGAACACCGUCCGCCACAACCUCUGUUUCCGAGACAGCUUUGAGAAAGUGCAGGUCAGCGUGGACACCGAGGCGGGCGCGCGGCCUCGCUCCUGCCUCUGGAAGCUCACCGAGGAGGGCCACCGCCGCUUCGAGGAGGAGGCCCGCGCCCUGGCUUGCACUCGGCUGGAAAGUAUCCAGCAGUGCAUGAGCCAGCCAGCUAAAUACUCGGGGCUUACCAUGCGCCAGAUAGAGCCGUUAGCUUCCCGGGGGUUGCGCUGCCCUCGUCGCGUCUCUCGGAGCGUGGUGGAAGGGGAGGAACUCCUGACACCGAGGCGGAAGGGGGAGACCUCCACGCGGAGACCCGAGGGCUGGAGACGCCAACGCGCGCGGGAACAGCAGCAGGAUCGGAGCCGCGCGAAUCGCCAGCCCCGCCCCGCCCCGCGUGGCUUCCGGAAGAAGGGCGGAAGUUGGGAGCGGAACGGCGAGCGUCCCGCGCAGCCGCACAACAGGUUCCAGCGGCGAGGGCCGGCCGCUAGGGGUCGCCAGGACUCCUGGGCCCCGCCCCGCCCCGCCCCGCCCCGCGCGGAGAGGUUAAAGGUCAAGCGUUGGUGGAGGGCGGCGAGUCUCCCGCCGCUGCUGCGGGCGGAGGGUCCUGACCGCUCCUGA